UGACCUUUUUACACGAUGGAAAACUGUCGAGAACUUCGAACGGCUGUUGGCACAACACGCGCCGUAGGAGACGGAGCUCCUUUGCAAACAACCUAUCACAUCACACGCACACACCCCCUUUCUGUUGCAAGCAGCCUCCUCCCUUUCUUCUUGGACCCUAUAAAAGCCCUCAGUCAUCCAUUGGAGAAGCACUGGGGCAACUCAACAUCUCAGUGGUGUCCAACUACCAACAUGAAGACCGUAGCUAUCAUCCUCGCUCUGGCCGUCAUCACAGGCUGCAAUGGCCGUGCUGUGCGGCAGCAAGUUGCCACCCCGACUCAGUGGGAGGCAGCUGUGAACCGUUUCUGGCAGUACAUCUCUGAUCUGAACGUCCAAGCUGAUGGUGUCCUUCAGAACCUGAAAGCCUCUCAGCUGAGCAGGGAGCUAGACACCCUCAUCUCUGAUUCAAUGGCAGAGCUGACGGCCUACAGUGAAAACCUCCAGACCAAACUGAGUGAACAGACAUCUUCCACUCAACUGGCUCAAGACAUGCAGCUUCUGGCCAACAAACUGCAGAAGGACAUGCUGGACGCUAAGGACCGCACCACCAGCUACCUGGGGGAGCUGACGACCAUGGUGGAGCUGAACACCGACGAUGUCCGUGAUCGCGUUGGCACCUACGCCACCAAACUGAAGAAGCGCUUGGACAAGGACACCGAGCAGAUUCGCAACACUGUGGCGGCCUAUGCUGAAGAACUCCAGUCCCGAACCUCCCAGAACCUGGAUGCAGCCAGGCAGCACGUUGAGCCCUACGUCAAUCAGGCCAGUGACAGCGCCAACAAGAAGAUGGUCGAUAUCUCUACCUCCCUUCAGACCCAGGUUGAGGUUCUGGGCAAGGAGCUGAUGACCCAGACUGAUGUCUUCAAGACCCAGCUGGAGGCCACCGCUGAAGAGCUGCGCGUCUCUUUGGAAGGCAAGAUCGACGAGCUGAAGGAGCUGUUCGCCCCCAUGGCCACACAGAUCCGUGAGCAGUUUGAGACCAUCAUCGACAAAGCCACGGAGACCGCCUCGCUCUAAAGAAAGACUGUUCAAAGGGUCAAAGGAGUUACUGAUCAUGUCCUCUGUCCAAGGUCGCCACGAGCACCACAAUGCUUUUCUCCAUAACCGUUUCUUGAAACACUGACCUUGUAAUCCAUUUUUUUUUACUCCCAUUGUUGGUAAAUAAAUGUGCUGAGCUACACUUGGUCACUUAGACACACCGCACCACAGCUGUGCCUCCAUUCCUGUCAACGCAGAAGCACUGAAAUGUUCUCUUCGUGAAAACACUGUCUGUGGUUCCUAGAAUAGUGAACUGUCGAUUUUGAUCAGUUUAAAGUGUCCUGCUGUCUGUCCUGAGUGUCGAAGAGAAUUGUCUCGAAAAAACCUGGAACACACCAUGCUGCUUUUAGUAAACACUGUGCAAGACAAUAAAGAACUGAAGAAAAGGAAA